AGUGUAAGAGCAGGUUUGUGUUGUCUUUCGCCUUUAUCACCGGGUUAGUCAUCAGGCGGUAUUUAUCGGAAGAGGAUUGAUAAUAAUUCUGAGUGCAUCCGGACUUUGUUUGUCCAACACCGAAAGUAAAUCGCAGUUGAGUAAACGUAUAAGCUCAUUUCCCUCUAAAAUCAAAGGUUCAUUGAACCGUGCAUGCACCUGAGCCGAAUCGUCAGAAUGGUGGUCCGACACAACGCAAGUGGCUGGGACGAAUUCGUCAAGCUGGCCGAAAGCCUCGAGGGAAAGGGCGAACCGGUGCACGUUUUCUUCAAGGGCGACAAGGAUGAGAAGGGAGACAGCUGGUGCCCGUACUGCGUGAAAGCGGCGCCGGUUGUGGAGGAAGCAUUGAAGUUGGCUCCGGAAAACAGUCACUUCAUCACCGUCGUCAUCGAUCGUCCAUUCUGGAAGGAUCUGAACAAUCCCUUCCGCAAGGAUCCCCGUACCCAUCUGGUGUUUUUGCCAACGCUGCUGCGCUGGAAGUCCCCGCAACGUCUGGACGGCGAGCAGGUAUCCAACAAGGAUUUGGUCGAGAUGCUGCUGUCCGAUGAAGACUGAAUCCGGCGGCCUUUCGGAGCAUUAAUCUCUGCUGGUCUUAAGUGGAAAGGUGUAAUUUUUGUAUUCGCUUAUGUAGUGUAGGUAUAAUAAACGGCCACACGCUUUGUUUUACUGUCACAGCAUUUACUAA